AUGAGUUCCUUAGGUGUUGUCGGAGGCGUUGUCAUUUGGAUUAUCUUGAUAUUUAUAUCCAUAUUUGUAUUCGUUGUUGCAUUUCUUGCUCUUGCUUCCAUAAGGAGCAAAAUUCUAAAAAAUCUAGAAAAAGAAAUUAUGGAACCAAAACUACGGGUAACGCAAGAAGAUCUAGGGAAACUAGAACCAAUGAUUGCAAGUGUAUGGGAAAAACGUUCUACUGUCGUUCCCCUACCCCAAAAAGAUCAUCUUGCAUCAGGAUUUAUCAAAACAGAAACAGGAGUUAUUUCUAUUCGAAAUGAAAUAUGCUCAAGUUUGAAGAAAAUUGAAGAAGCGGCAUCACAAUUUGAUGCUAAUUAUGCUAGAAGUCCAUCAAUGACAGCACAAGAUUAUAUAAAUUGGCUUCAAGAACAAGAAGGCAUAUCAUUUUCAACAGAAAUUGCAGAAAAUUAUAUAAGCUUCUUUAAUACCGCGAGAUACGAUUCACACUCAUUAGAAUUUUCAGACGAAGACUAUACAUUUUUCAGCGUACAAUUUCAAACAAUAUUGAGUGGAAUUCCACCACCGACUGAUCAAGCUCCGCUUGCUCCAGCAACAACAAUCCUACAACGUCGUCAGAAGUCAUGGAAUCACUAA